UAAUGAAAAUCGUCAACUCCAAGCUCGUCCGAGGAAUGUUAUUUCUUUAGACAAAAUGAAGGAGGAUCUGGAGCAGAAGGACCUUGAUCUUGCUGUGGCACACAAGACAGCGCGUGAGAAGACUGAACUUGCCAACCAGAAGCUGCCUUCGGUCGGAAAGUUGGAAGAUGAGAAUGCCAAGAUGAAAACCGUUGUCGAUGAGGCGAAGAAAGAGGCCAUGCAACUGAAGGAGGAGAAGGUGGCUUUGUCUGACAAAGUGGAUGUUCUCACUCAGAAGAGGGACGAGCUGGAAACUUAUGUGGGUAGUCUCGCCAAGAAGAUGUUCCUCAUUCUUGAAGAGUUUUGUCAGAAUUUUGAGGAGGAAACCGGGCGGAUCGAGACAGGACUGGACCCCAUCAAUUCUCGCAUCAAGGAUGAAGCUGCCAUGAACGUGCUGUGACUGGAAUCUCGCCUUGCCAGCAUCUUGGACUACGUCGCCCGACUAAAAGUUGUAAUGUCUCGGACCGACAAGGAGCUCUGGCCAGAGGAUGUGCUUCUGAAUGACCUCAAGUCACUGAUGACUCAACUCAACGACAUUCCUGACCGAGUGCAAGCCUGGAAGAAGUCAGUUGCGUGCUGCGAUGCCGAUAUGGCUCUAUCACUCGUCCGUGUUCAUUGCAAGGACAACAAGGAAGAGAAGCUGAAGGCUCUUCAGGUGGCUACCACCAAGAAGCAUCAAUUUCAAUCUUUCAUGGAGACCUUCAUCGAUGCGGCCACUCGCAUCACAGACGGUAUCGACCU